UUAAUGUGAUUUUUGCUAACAAGGCUGAAAGCUUUGGGUGAAAAGUGUAUAUUUGGUAUAAUAUUGGAGACUGCUUCUUAAGUCGAUUAAUUAAUUUAAGUGUAUGUAGAAACGGAAUAUUGUGGCAUUGAGUUGACAGCGUUGAUGGUCACACAAUAUAGGACGUAUGCAUAGAAAUGGUUCAAUCCUUUGAAAUGAAUGCUAAAACACAGAUGUCUACCAUGCAAUUUCACCCGUUUAGUAUCCGCCGUGUUUUGGGGGAAACGGACAAAAUUAAUGUCACUGAAAACGCACAUAGGAGCGAAAUAUUGGCAGACAGUUGUCAGGGCGAACAAAGCACGAGCGAUAUACCUGACACGGAUUCGAACUUUUCAAAAGACAACCUAGACAGUGAUGAUGAAGAAAUCAACGUGGAUGGUGAUAUUUCAGUGGAUGAUUGCGAAGAUACAGACACUGGCGCUAAUGAACCAAACGAACAAUUCUCAGAACCGGAAAGUGAUCAUAACGAAACAAAAGAACUCUUAAGGCAGGGUGAAGUGGUUAAUAAAGACAUAAAGCACUGUGACAUAGACGUCGAGGAGGCAUCGAAAAAGCCAGAGAAGCCGCCGUUCAGCUACAAUGCGUUGAUAAUGAUGGCGAUUCGUAGUAGCGCUGAUAAGAGACUCACAUUAAAUGGUAUUUACGAGUUCAUUAUGAAAAACUUUCCGUAUUACAAAGAAAACAAACAAGGGUGGCAAAACUCUAUUAGACAUAAUUUAAGUUUAAACAAAUGUUUCGUCAAAGUGCCGCGUCAUUACGACGAUCCCGGAAAGGGUAAUUACUGGAUGCUGGACCCGUCAGCGGACGACGUUUUCAUUGGCGGAACGACAGGAAAGUUACGUCGACGCUCCACGACGGCGUCACGUAGCCGACUCGCAGCGUUCAAGCGGAUGGGGUUUCCGCACUUGCAGUCGAUAGCGGCAUACAGCGGACUAACCGGAGAACGACCGUCGCCAUAUUCGUGGCCGUACUCACAGCUGUAUCAAAUGCAGGUUCAAGGCCCUACCGGUAUCCCGGGACUCGGUCUGACGUCUUUUCCUAUGUACCCUUACUACUCUCGCGUUCUUUCAUCAGCAGCGGCGGCAGGCCGGGUAUCAAAUCGUUUGAAUUUUUCUGUAGACCGGAUACUCGGAAACGAGCCGGUGAAUUUAACGUCGUCUUCAAAUGUGCACGAUUUUACGUCGAAUAAGCCAUUAACAAGUCUUCCGUCGUCGCCCGCGGCUAGGGGAUUGUUUAGCCCGAUGAUUCAGAACCUUUACCGGCAGGCGGCGACACAUGGGGCGCUGUCACCCGGUAGCCUUAGUGGACUUGACCUUAGCGUCAACAGUAUUCGAGAUUUCAGUAUGUCGACGUCGUCGGCGUUUACUGCGACGUUAAAAUCCCUCGCCGGCAACCAUGCAGGUGACGUUAGAAUGUAGAACUCGAUGUGGUCUAUUUGUAGUUCUGAUUUUAUAUUUUAUUAUAUUGAUGCAAACUUUAAUUUAAGUUCACCACGCACAGAAUGAAUAACUGUGAUUUUAACUUACAUUAUUUUGAGCUUGAUUUUAAUGCAUUGUAUAUAUUUGUUCCUUUUAUUUAAUCAUUGUACAAAGAAAACUUAGAAUUUAUGUUGUUUUGAUGUUUCUAUUUUAUUGAAAAAAUGAUCUAAAUAAAUGCUAUAAAAAGUA